AUGUUGAAAUUUGAAGGUUAUAAGGAUAAGGAAUGUUGUUUUGCAGCUUAUGGUAAGUUUGACGACUAUGGGGUUGGGACGUAUGGAGCUAACUGCCUUCUGUUUACAGAACUAAACGAGUUUCUUGUUAUGCCAAAUACAAGUGCUCUGCAGAGCGAGAGUUCCACGGCACGAGCACCAGAAUUUAGAUGGAGUCAUCAGGCAACCAAAAUUCUCAUUGAAGAUUAUGGAACCUUUAAAAGGAAGCUAGGUUCCUUCGACGUCAAAAAUUCAAAGAUGAUGUGGUGGAAAAUAUCACAGGCUUUACUAGACUAUAACGCCAAACAAUUGCAUGAAUAG